AUGCGACGAGGGGCUGCCAUCGCAAGUAUUGGUGACUUGAAGCUGUCAGGCGAGGCCACAUUUGUUUUCCAACAAUGCAGGAGCAGAUUGGCACACAAGGAAGGAGGCGGUGCUUUGUCCAGCCUUGGAGAUGUGGUGUUCGAUCUUCGCGGAAAUGGGUCUGUUUUAUUCAGGCAGUGCCAGGCAGAAGGCACAGGUGGCGGCGUCUACAGCAGUCACAACAUCAACAUUAGCGGCGGUAGCUUCGAGUUUGACGCCUGCCGUGCUGGGAACGGGAAUGGACACGCAAUUGCUGCAGGCAACGGCCUUCUGCACAUCAGUGAGCUGAGCCGGGUCACGCUGGCUGGCAUGGUCAGCUACAUCGGCUCGCCAAUCUUCGCCCGCAGUGCAGCCAUCCCUGUCGGUGGCAACGUUACUCCAGGAGAUGUGUUUUACUUGGAGGAGCUGAUGGCAUCGAAGCCAUUGAGCCAAGGCGAGAACACGUGCCCAGCAGGCUCAAGGUUCACUCUGGACACUUCCGGUGCCCCCAUCCCGGGCAAGUGCCGGAUGUGCGAAUCUGGGACCGUGUCGCUCGCAACCUCACACGUGGGGGUUCGUGGCCAGGUUGCAGAUUCUGUUGGGGAUGGGGCUCGCGUCGUCCUCGUCGGCCGUGGCUCACCCAAUGCCAUUCAGUCCUUCCCGUGGUGGAACAGAUCCCUGCAAAGCAAUCCACAAAACUGCACGAACCAUGGGCUUUGCUUGGGCAUUGAACGUCCCGUUGCUGGUCGGAUGGACCCAGUGCUCUUUCUGGGGCCACACAAGGAUGAAGCUGCGCUGACUUUCGAGAACGGCAUGUUCAGGGUCAGGACUGCCGAUGAAUGGAUACUCGUGGUGCCCUACAACUCCUACACUCUAAAUUCUUCGAUCCUGGUCGUGAAGAGUCUGGACGGCAUCCCAUGGAGGAAGAACACCGAGACAGGACUUUUCCUCGUGGAUAAGCAGGGCCGGGUCAGUCCUGCCCAGGCGCCGCAUUUAGUUUUCGGUGUCGGUCAUGAGGUGACCUACACCUUUCGCCCGCUUAGUCCAUUCUUGACAUGCCUCCCGUGCUAUGACAUUGCUCCGGAGAAGGCUGACAAGGCACAGUGCCGCGGUGCCACAUCGGUCAGUUCGCUACCAGGCUACAUGCUCCUCCACUCACCAGGACAGUGGAAACUCGAGGUGCAUGCCUGCCCCAGCCGUGCAGCUUGCCCUGGCAGCGACCUGCGCCUCACUGGGGAUGGCCGGCUGGCUCCCCAAACUCGACUUUGUGCCGAAGGCUGGGCAAAAGGGUUUCAGAGGUCUACGUUCUGA